AUGUUUCUACAAGAAACGAAAGCGUACCUUUCCAGCUCAAGAACGUCCGUAAAUGUUUUUCUCACGUCGCUAGAUGAUGGAUUGAAGGUUGCUUUGUUCAAGAAGUUGUGCAAUGGUGUGCAUUUUGGUGCACAGCAGAGGGAUGCCAGAGCUGAAGUUAAUUUAUAGCUUAAGACUUUAUCUUUUAAGUUCUGAGACGACUUAAAGAAAACUUUCAUAUCUCAUGUUUACUAACCUCAAUGUAAGUUUAAAAUGGAAGUUUUUUUCCUUUCUAAUUUUAGAUGCAAAAGGAGGGAUUAACCCUUGAGACUGCAGAUUACCUCACUGAUCUCCUGAAGAAGUAUGAAGAAACAGAAGGUGGGCUCUCUGCUGAUGCUGUCCUUCCUCCGAUACCAGUGGCAAGAGAUGAUCCAGGUCCACCAAAGCCAGCCAAGUUCUUGGUACCUACUGUCAUUCUUUGGGAUCCCCUCAGUCAAGUUCCAAACUUAACAGAGUUGUCAUGUCCUCAUGAGAUCCAUGAUAAUGAAUUUUGUGUGCUCAGAACCCACACAAGCAGCAAGAGCCAUUAUGGUAGAUGGAAAGCUGCCCGUGGAACGCAGGAUGUACCGCGUGUUCUUUAUUGCUGUGAUGGAAGUACAUUAUUGGUGAGUCGCAUGUACACUUGUAAGAAAGGCCACAAAGUCAUUGCUCAUGAUCCGAGAAUCAUCGAGAACAUCCCUUCAUCAUUUCAAGUUCCAUUCUUCCUGUUGCACAGAACAGGCUUCACUCGCGAACUGGCAAACUGGGUUCACUCGUGCGUGUUUGCUGGUAUGACAUUUCAUGAGAUCGAAAAUGUGCUGAUUCAGAGGCAUCGUGAUGCAUAUGAAGACCGCAAGUGCAAAUUUGAGGCAGAAUUAAAGACUUAUUUGGAGAAAAACCCAGAUACCGACUCAGCAGAAAUUGUGAAAUUCCCUGAGUUUAAGGCCUCACAAGUGCCAUCUUUGGAAACCAUCAUGUCAAGCAUAGUACACAUGUUUGAGGGAAAUGAGCUCUACUACAUACAGAGAAUGAGUGAGUGGUCUGCUAAACGCAUUAUCGCAGGUUAUUACUUCAAAGUAGCCACUACAAUCGGUGAAAAACUAGACAAUGGGAAGUGGGCAACUCACUUUAAAAACAUGUACACAGUCAUGAAUGAGAAAGGCCAAGUCAUCGCAUGGAAGUUUAGCAAAGAAAAAGAUCUAAAUGAGGUGAAAGACAUCUUGGUUGGGCUGCAGCAGCGUUUCCAACAGCAAGGAAGACAACUGGAGAUGAUCCUUGUUCCAGAGUGUUGCGAAACCAAACAGUUGUUCCAGGAUAUUUUUGGUGCAGAAGUACCUGUCAAAUUGGAAGUGACCAAAGCCAUUCACCGAGUAGUCAGGAAAAUACCUGCAAAGAAGAGAGAAGAUAAUCAGUUGACCAAAGCUUGUGUUCGCGACUUUGCAUUGUGCCUUCGUUAUCCAUCUGAUCGAGGAGACACCCAGCAAGAGGACACACCUCCUCCAAAGAUUAUUACUGAAAACCUUGAUGCCUUUGUUACUGGCUGGAAAGAAAUUAUUGAAGGGACUGAGCGUGUCUUAACGCUGGCUGCACAGAGGCAGAUUGCUCAGUUAAAAAAUCACAUUACAGCAGGGUGCCUGUCUGAAAUCCCCGUCUCCUCCACAACUGAGAAUGUUGCUGACCUGCAGAACAUUUUAAGGCCAGUCUUGGAGAGAAAGUUUCUGAAUGUUGACAUGGCCUUGGCUCUUAUAUCCACGCUUUUGUAUGUGUGGAAUGAGAGGAAAGCUAAUCAGCUGCCAAUUGGUGCUCUUGUGAGGCCAAUUGCAAAGUACAGGGGCACUUUAGAAGUCAGUGGUUUUACACCAAGUUCUGAGAGGUUUGGAAUUGUCAAGACAGAAGAGGAUGAGACCAGUGAUGGCCUUUCUUCUGCCAGUUACUCCUUUGAUGUUCUAGCUUUGCAAUGUUUGAUCCUGGAUGCAUUUGAUGGCCACAAAGAUGCAGAGGUACAGCAGGCAAGCACUGAGAACAGCUUGAGUCAGUCAGUUCUCAAGAAAGUCAUUGCAAGAGCAUCAAAUCUGAUGUCUGUGUGGGAGCUUUUGAAAACACAAGCAGUCAAUGAAGUGUCCAUCAACCCCCGUCUGUUGCACCUGAUGGCUUGUUCUUUGAUCCUGUUCAGUCGCAAUGAAUGUGCCAUUGAUGACAGAUCAAACCAUGAGGUACGGCUGAGCGAAAUGCUGCGUUACUACCAGCUGAUGGUGUUCUCGGAGAAGAAGGACACUACAGAAGCAGAUGGGUUCUUCACUGCAGUCAGUUCUGGGCUCAACUCCAUCCUUCGAAGUGAUUUGCCUGAAAUAGAAUCAGUUAAACAGCACCUUGCAUCCAUUGGUUACCUUACUGAUGAAGGGAGCAGCCUGGAGGAGAAUGUUUCUGUGCUGCGACAUUUGAUUAGUGAUGAGUGGCUGGCGAGUGAAGAAGACUACAGCAAGCUUCUGGUGUCACAUAUGAUCAGCUUCUCAGAAGAGGCACAAGCAUUCAGAAACAGAGGAUACUUUAAAGGUAUGAAACAUAAGAGGCUCCAUAAACUAUGAAUACAUUCUCCCAACGUUUGACAUGCAAUUUAGCCACAAUCAUUCGCCAGGGUUAAAUUUCAGCACCAGUACACAUACAUCUCAUGAAAUGUUUUGAUACAGUCUAUUAUAGAGCCUGUAUAAUUACCAUAAUUGAUAUUUAGUGGAAGAAUAAUAUUAUAGGAUGAACAAUUGACUCAAGAAAACACAGUUCCACAGAGUUUUUAUUUAAUACUAGGGAGUCCUUUUACACUUGUAUUCAUUAAACAAAAAAUGAAAUAAUGUUCUUUUCUUUAACCCUUUUAGUCCCAGUAGUGACCAACAUCAAUUUUCUCCUAACGAUAUCCAUACAUUGUCAAGAGAUCAGGUUAUGAGAAUUAAAAUGAUCACCUAAGAAAAAAUGCUUUGAUCUUUUAUCAAACUCUGUCAACUUAUUCUUUAAAGAAAUGUACAGAGAUCACAUUGAAGAAUUUGUAUGUGGAUAUUGGGGCAUAAAGGGUUAAGCAAAGUCUCUGGUCUGAACAUCUUCACACUAGGAGAGAUGUUGAGUUGCUGAAUUUUCCUUAAUAUGUUUUAUAAGACAAACUCAUAAAACCCAUCUCUUUUUUUCUUUAUAAUUAUGUAGUAAUAUUGUCCUUAUUUACAGGCGGGAUAGGAAAAUUUGUAGAUAAUAUAGGACUUAAGUUCUUGAAAUUUACAUGAUCCUUGGUAGAGCAGAAAGUUUGGAAUUUUUAUGUUUUGUACAGAAUUCUAAAACAAACAUAGAUUUUCUACAUCAUCAUUAUCUUUGAGGUGGCUCGAUUGGAUUUUUCAGGGCCAAUUUGAACAUUAACCAUGUUGCCAUUAACAGCUUUAUCAAACAAAGAUAAAAAUUUGUUAUGAGCAAUGUUAUGUUGAUAUCGAAGUCAUCAUAGCAACAAAAAGAUGUCAUUAUCUAUGUUACUUGCAGGAAUGUAUCUCAGGACUGGGUGUUUUUUUCUUUCUCCACAAUCGCUCACAGGAGCUUGUUCCUCUGGUUUCGUUAAUAUUGCCAUCUACUGUAACAAAUGAUAGAUUUUUUUAAAAAUAUGAUAUGCUCGAGAUUACUCGUCACUUUAUUUGACAUUCAAGUUUUAGCAUCAUGGAAAACUUGUCACGCAACAGAAUAAGGACUCCAGUGUGCUAAUUUUUUGCUGUGAAUUUCAUGCUUACAAGUGAGAGCCUCUGUUAUUCAGAAGUUUUGUUUUAAUCUGAACAGCAGUAACUAACAAUGCAUUUGAAAUAUACAGAUAUGCUAACUAUUGUUGUCCACGAAAAUAUUAUGAAACUUGGAGACAAUAGCUUUGAAUAUCAAAUGGCUCUGAGUCUCACUUGCAAACACGAAAUUUCCAACAAAAUAUUGGUGUUGUGGAGUCCUUAUUUUCUUGUAUUACAAGUUUUCAAUGAUCUUGAAACUUAAGGGUCAUAUAAGGUGGAGAAUAUGGCAUUUUUUAAAAAUCUAUUGAGCUAUCCCCAUGAUUUUCAGACACGUUUUUGAAGAGAUUGAAACUAAUAUGAGGUGAGAUUGCAUUUGAAAAGCACUUCAUUUUCUAAAGAUAAUGAUGGAACAUCAAGAUUGUCCAGUCUUGUAUUUCUGUAUUUCUAACCAUAAAAACUUACUACCGAAACAAGUAGACUGUUUUUUCGCAGACGCGCGAAACAGUUGCCUCUGCAGAGAAACAUAUUUGAAUUAAGCCUACGUGAUUUAUCCCUGACGCCUCAAAUGUAAGCACACGUGGUCGCAUUCCCUCACAUUCCUGAGAAUUAAACGAUGGCGGGCUUCUCCAUAAACAAACAAGGAAGAUCUUAUAUCCGUGGUAAAGGCGUAAAUGAUAGCUUGAGAUGUGUGAUAAUCAAUUCGAUCAUAGCUAAAGAAAUACUGUAGAACACUUUUAGCUGGAUCAUGUUGUAUUACUAAACGAAAGCAGAUAAGCGACGAUAGACAGCCAAAGGUCGAGCAAAAAAAAUGCGAAGGAAUGUUAUCACGUGCGUUUGCCUUUGGAGCUAACAUCUCUUUAGACACGUGACCAAAAACGAUCAUCUUUAUCGCUAACGGCAACUGUUACGUACGUCUGCUAAAAAACAGUCUACCUGUUUCAGUAGUAAGCAAAAUAUCUCAAAAAUGCUCUCAUAGAUUUUGCUGAAACUUCAUUAACAUUAAAGCAGGUAUUGGAGGAACAAGCUCCUGUGAGUGAUUGUGCAAAAAAACUCCCAGUGCCAAGAAAAUAUGGCUGCAAGUUAAAUAGAUAUCAAUGUCAUUUCGUUGCUACGACAAUUUCAAUGUCAAUGUAACAUUGCUCAUAACAGAUUUUCAUAUUUGUGUGAUAAAGCUGUGGUAAUAGCUUUUCCAAAUCUGUGUUAAUGGAAAGAUAAUUAAACCUCAAACUUGGACAGUAUUGGCCCUGAUUAGUUUUUUCAGUUUGAAUUCUCUGGCAUAUAGAACUGGAAACCAGACUUUUGUAGUAUUUAUUUCAUAUAAAAACAAUCCAUAAAAAAUGCUUUAACACUGUGUAAAGUCUGAUAAUUAUCUGUUUUAUUUCUCUUCAGAUUUCUUGUAUUAUUGUAAUGCUGAGGGGCAAGAUGUUAUUUUGGAGGUGUUUUCAGCCUAAAUUUGAUAGGCAGUGGAUAAUAUUACAAGUUGCACUUGUACAAGCAAUGAGUUCAAUGUUAUUGCAAUAAGUUGAGUUGAAUAUUCCUUUUUUUUGCUUGUAUUGUAGCUGAAAUGUCCAAUCUCCUGCCAAUUGCUGCUGCUAAGGUCCUGCGAGUGCCAGUCAUCGUCUUCACCUCCCUCCAGCAUUUCCCUAUUGUCCCUGUGGUACCAUCAGAUGCCAUUAUCAUCGGCUCUUGUGUCCACGUGGCUUACAAUGCAGCUGGUUUUGGAGGGUUCUUUGAUGUAGGGACCUAUGUUAGUAGUUCCAUAGUCCUGCCAAAACUGAUGACUGAUCCUUUGGAGAGACGCAGGGAUAGCAGGAAACGGUACAGGGAGAAGAUAGCACUACAGAAGAGUAAUCAAAUUCCCAAGAAGAGGGGAAAGAAAGCAAAAUCAGGAAAUUCUCAGGAGGAGGGAGAGGAGACUCCAAAGGAAACAGAUGCUGCUGAUGCUGAGGUUUCACAAGAUGACUCAAUUCUAGAUUCAUCAGCACUUGAUUCAUCUGCACUAGAGUCUUCCACACUUGAUUCAUCUGCUGCUGAUGUAACAGAACAAGCCAUACCUGUAGAUAUGUCCACAGGGGAAACGGAAGGUGAAACUACAGAAACUGUGCAGGACUCCAGCCUGGCUCCCUCUGCAACUGUUGGUACUGUUGAUGAAGGAGUUGAAGCUGCGGCCAACCUUAUUGAAAUGGCUUACAGUGAGGCGGGGGUAGAUGAGAGCACCAUGCAAUCAGUCAUUACUGAAAGUCCUUUAAAAAUUGCAAUCGUACCAGGUACUGAACCAGCAAUAGAUGAAGAACAAACCAUUUUACAGUCCAGUGAAACAGAAGUGGUACCCCAAGAAGAUGAAGCUGUUGCAGAGGAAAAUAUGCCAACCGAUACCAUAGCAGAGGAUGUGAUAGAUCAGUCUAUGGAUUGUGAAGAUAAGGAAGACAAGGCAGCUUCUAGUGAAGAGGUUUUAAUCCCUGAACCUGUUGCUGCUGGACGUGGUAAGUCACUGAGAGAAGCCUCCACCCCUGGGAGAAAGCCUGGCCUGCUUGACAAUGAAGCAGUUGUAACCUUCACAGACGGUGCAAACAUCCAGAAGCAGACUUUUUCCUGUAGCUGUGGACGAGGAAGUGGCAAGAACCAGAAGCGUACCCAGUUCUGCUUGACUUUGGAGGGUGGUUACCUCACCCGCUGUGCCUGUUAUCGGAAUGCAUCUGGCUGCUCCCACAGGUGUCGCUGCUACCUUUGUUGCAAUCCAUAUGGCACAGCUCAAGCAGCAAAAGCUUCCAAACCAGCUCGACAAGUUCGCAGGUUCAGACCCAGGCACAAAGUCCAGGUGAUCAAAAGUCGUAUUCCAGGUCUCACCCUCUCCUCCCCUUCUAUAAAAUCUGAAUCAGAAAGUGCAAAGUGGAUGGAAGUUGACAACUUGGCAUUCGAAUGUCUCAUAGCAGCUAUGAGUCAUGCUGGUCUAGAGCUUACCCCAGAGAAGAUUGCUGCUGAGUACGACAAUUUGUGCGUCCUGUCAAAGGAUGAAGGUGGGAUACUGGGAAACUUCUUACAGCCAAAAACCAUCGCAGAUGUUGCCCUGCAAUUGGAGGUUGUGCAGAAAAAUAUCCGCAUUUUUGAGAACUUGUACAAGAAACAAACUGAGCUUAACUGGUUUCAAGGCAUGGAGGUUGUCUUUUCAACUGAAGUUGUGGUGUCAUCAUAAGCCACUUUUAGACAAUGUUCCCUGGUCUAGG